CAAGGAGGCAACCGGCGCAAGAAUUUCAGGAUCGUCAGCGAGUUCAAGACUUUGGCUGGCAAGAAGAGUUGCUCUGUGGCUCAACUUGCUCUAGCAUGGUUGUUGAAACAGGGUGACGAUAUUGUUUCCAUACCUGGCAUGAAGAGGUUGAAAUAU